AUAUUCUCGAUUCUUCGUUUUCUUUAUUACAUGAUCUUUUAAAAAAAUUUGAAAUAUCAAAUAAUACAGAUCCUACUGGUCUUUUAUUAUCUUUAUUUACAUGUGUUGGUCAUUUAGCAGGCAAUAGUGAAGUUGAUAUAACAAAUCAUUGUACGAAUUUGAAUAUUUUUCUUCUACUAAUUAGACCAUCAGGAUGUGGAAAAUCGAAAAUAAUAGGUCCAAUAAAAAAAGCGAUGAUAGCUGCAAUGAAAGUAUUGGGAUUGUCGAAAGAAGAUGAAGGAAUUCUUGAUGAUUUCACGUGUCCAACUUUAUCAGCUAAACUUGCAAAAUCUAAUAUUUUUGUUAUUACAGAUGAAGCAGAAAAACCAUUAUUAGAAUUAGGUUUUUAUACACCAUCAUCCGACGCAAGUGCUGGUGAUCGUAUUGCGGGCUGCAAAUUUUUUGGUACAAUACCAACAACUAAAGAUACAAUGACAUAUCAUUUGGAUAUAAGUUCACAUUUAUCUUUUAUGGGUGCAACAACAGGCCGUUUGUGGCCACGUUUAAUUAACUAUUAUGCUCAAGCAUCUCAAAGCGAUGGUAUGUCAGAACGUUUCGUUCAUUAUGCAAUGCCGAAAAAAAAAGAAGCAAAAUUAAAUUAUUCACAAACAUUGGAAUAUGAUGAUGCGAAUGAUGAUAAUAAUGAUGAAGACGAAGAUAUCAGUGAUGAUGAAUAUAACAACGAAAAAAUGAAUAAAAUAGAUCAACAUCUUCCUAGUUUAACACAAAUUUUGAUUGUUUCAUAUUUAAUUGGGAAACGUAUAUUUCAUCUUAGUCGAACUGGUACUAAAAAGUUUUACAAUAAAGUACGUCAAUAUCAAGAAUUAUCCGAAAUUGAUAAACCAAAUGACAUUAAUUUUGGGUCUCGAAUGGGUAAAUCGGCAGAAAUUCUUUGCAAAUUUGCUGCCAUUGCCGAAUUAAUGAAAAUAGUACUAGAAAUUUUAAAGAUUCUUCGUCUUCAAAAUCAACUUGAUUAUAAUGAUACUAGUAUUGAUUUUAUUCGAAAUGUAACAAACAUAAUUCAAAAUAAAUAUCCAACAACAAAUAUUAUUCUUGAAAUCACUUCAUCUAGUUGUCGUUUGGCUGGUCAACUGUUAUGUAGUCAUUUAGUUAAAAUGUUAUUUGCUUUUUACAAUGUUAAUCCUGUUGUUUCUAAUCAUGAAACAAAUAUCAAUCAAAUGACAUCAACUCAAUCGACUGUCAACACCAUUCGACAACGUAUUAUUCAAAUGUCACAAUUAAUAUUUCUUAAACGAGAUCUAACUGGACCAAUGGGAUUAUUACGACAUUUUCCAACAGAUCUAGUUAAUUCAGUUCUCAAUGAACUUUCAAGUUAUGAAUUGAUUCGACAAGGACCAUUCAUAACUACUACAGCACGUGCUACCGUAUUUAUUCGAUCUUAUCCAUCAGAUUUUGUUUUAAAUGAUACUCUCAAACGAAAUGCAAUCGAUCAACUGUUGAAUGACAUAAAUAUUAAUUUAACAACUUAUAUGCAAUUAUUAACCAACAGCAUUAUCAAAGAAAAACAAGUUUUAACAACUACUGGAAAACAAAUCUUAAUGUUACCUGAACACAAGUUCUUAUAUGAAAAAUUAAAGGAAAAAUAUCCUGAACGUCAACUAGAAAAUAAUAUAACAAUAAAUUCAAACGAUACAUUAAAUGAUUGUAAUCGUCAUGACAUAGAUAAUCAAAUUACAAAUGCUCAAUUAAUAAGUAAUCCAAAAAUAUUACCAAUAUUGCUGGAACAAACUUCAGAUCAUCAUAUUCAACAUCAACCCUCUAAUUCAUUUAAUCAAUUGUCCUUACAAUCACAAAACACAUCUAAUUGUGACAAUUCGGAUAGAAUGUCUAUCAUAGUUAAUCCAGCACAAAAAAAUAUGAUCAUUGAAAAUAUUCAUAGUAUUCCUAUUGUUAUUAACACGCUUGACCAUACACAGCAACUGACAUCGGUUGAAUUGUCAAGAUCUCUUUUAAAUACGACUACAUGUUCUAAUUCUAAUGAAAUCUCUUCUAGUAUUCAAGAAACACAUAUGAACGAAAAAUCGAAGGAACAACCAUUACAUUCUUAUAAAAACUUAAACGAUACUAGUCAAAUAUCAACCGAUAUUGAUCCAUAUAAUAAAAAUUCAAUACAUUCAAAAAACAUUUCUAAUAUUGUGUCAAAUGUAGAAUUACAAAACAUAACAACUCCAAUCACGAAUAUUUUAUUAUCAACACCGUUCAUAAAUAGUACAGUUGAUCAAGUAGUAUCUAAUAGCUCUAAUGAAAGCAUUUAUAUAACAUCUACUCAAUCUCAAACCAGUCAUACAACCGAUACGAAUACAUCAUUAAAUAUUUCUGAAAGUUACAAUACACCUGUAAAUAAUCAAGCUUCAUAUGAUCUAAACGAUACGAUUAAUUUUAUACCAACAUCUUCCAAUGUUCAACACACCACACGUUCUCAAUCUGAUAUAAAUAAACGAAAAAAACAGAAAAAAUGUUCAAAUGAUAAUAUCAAAACAAAAAAAAAGUAUAAACGAAAAUCAAUAAAUAAAACAACUUAA